AUAUAUUAUUACUACUUUCUAAUUCGGAUUUUUUUGUAGUAAAUUAAUUACGGGUAAAUAAAAUUAGUUAAUUGCCAAAAAAAAAAAAAAGUUUCAUCCUUUUUUCACGUUAUGCAAAUCAAAUCAUUUGUUUCCAUUGAUUUUGCUCCGUGAAAACCCUUCUUCAUCAACCCCCUCUGUUUUAUGUUGUUGUUUUUUUCUCCUCUGUCUUGUCUGAUUCUUUUUUAUUAAUUAAUUAUAUUUAAAAUUCAAAGAACAGACAAAAUUGGUUGAAGAAGAUAACCGAGGAGAAGAUACCUUUGAUUUCGGUCAAAUCAACGUUGUUUUUCGAUGAAUCGGGCGACAAUGGUGGGGCAAAUAACAUUAGUGGUUAUGAUGAUGAUUGCGACGAUGAUGAUUACGGCAUAUGGUGGAGACACGAAUAUCGUGUUCGAUCCAUGUUCGGAUACGAAAGUUCAGAAAUCGGAUGGAUUUACAUUUGGGCUUGCAUUUUCUUCAAAGGACUCUUUCUUCUUCAAUCAAACUCAGCUCUCACCGUGCGAUCGCCGCCUCUCUCUGGCCGGAACUAGUGCUCAGCUGGCUGUGUUUAGGCCUAAGGUUGAUGAGAUUUCACUCCUCACUAUCAAUAGCACCACCUUCAAUCCGAGCUUAUUCGGAGGUUACAUGGUGGCUUUUGCCGGACGACAGUACGCGGCUCGAUCGCCUCCCGUUUUUGUUGGGGACAGCAGUCACACUAUAACCAGCUUUACACUAGUUCUUGAAUUUCAAAAAGGUAUUCUUCAAAACUUGUUCUGGAAGAAGUUUGGGUGCAGUUCGUGCAGUGGGCCCUCUCUCGUGUGCCUUAACAACACUGAUUGUGCAGUGUUGAAUUCCAAAUGCAAAGGCAAUGAUGGGGAUAUCGACUGUGGUGUAGGCGUACAGUUGGCCUUUUCUGGUACGGACAAAAACGAGAACGUGCUCAACUCGUGGUACGAGGUGGCGAAUCUUAGGCAAUACUCGCUCUACGCCCUUUAUUCUAAUCUACGUGGCUCUUUCACCAGUUCAUUUCAGAACAUGUUCUGAGUUUGUGCGUUAGACAAAUGCAGUUUGUUCUAUGCUGCACUCGAUGAAGUAUACCUGUAUAAAAUUCAUACAUAUCUUUAACACACAUGCACAUAUAUAUGUAUGUGAUCGUAUGUAAGUCAAUGGUGGAAGACUAUCUGGUGUAUUUCACCGAGUGUAGCAUACAUUAGACAUCAAUAUUAGCUAAAUGGUGUACGAUGAAUUUGUGACAAAGCUUGUGUGGAACAAUAGGUGCAGUUUUGGCUAUUUUGCAUGUACUUUGUUGGCUCCUUCAAUAAUUAUAUGGCACAUGAUUAUACAAAGAUCG